AUGGAGCUUUCGGUAUCUGAUUUGGACAGUGAUCUGAUAGAGUCAUGCUUUAUCGAAGCUGAAAAAGCUCUCAAAUGUGGCGAAGUACCAGUCGGUUGUGUUUUUGUUUGGGAUCAUCAGAAUCAAAGAAAGGUGAUUGCCAAAGGACACAACCGGACAAAUGAGCUGAAAUGUGCGCUGAAACAUGCUGAAAUGGACUGUAUAAGUCAAGUUGUAAAUCGAUUUCCAGACUGUCAUGAAGAAGUAUUCAAGCAAACAGUGGUACUCAUUACAUUGGAGCCGUGCAUCAUGUGCUGCCGAAUGUUGCGAAUGCUUCAAGUCAAAGCAGUCUUUUUUGGUGCUCAAAACGAUCGCUUCGGUGGCGCCGGAUCGGUUUACAAGGUGGACACUGAUGAACGAAUAAAGUGUAAACCUUUAAAAUGUAUUUCUGGCGCGUUGAAUGGCCAAAGAUCUAUUGAGUUGCUUAAAAAGUUCUACGAACAAACCAACGAAAAUGUUUCAAAAGUUUCAAAGUAG